AUGAGCAAAGUUGACGUGAUGAAGUCUGAUACUUUGCUUCAUUUGGAGAGCAAAAGGAGAGCAGAGGAGAGGAGCAGAUCGAACUGUGUAGAGUUUCCUCAGAGCAGUUUAACAGACGAGCAGAACACAGACCUGCUGCAAUGCCAGGACACCACCGAAGACAGCUCUACUGUCAAGUAUAGAAGAUAUGGGUCUCGUCUGGGUGGGGUCAAAGUUCGCCACAAGAGACAGGUGCUGCAGGAUAUGGCUCGACCACUGAAACAUUGGCUGUACAAACACCGGGACAACCCCUACCCCACCAAGACAGAGAAGGUCUUGCUGGCUCUGGGCUCACAUAUGACUCUAGUGCAGGUUUCAAACUGGUUUGCAAAUGCCCGGCGGAGGCUGAAGAACACAGUGAGACAGCCAGACCUGAGCUGGGCCCUGAGGAUCAAACUGUACAAUAAAUACAUCCAGGGAAACGCUGAGAGACUGAGCGUGUGCAGUGAUGACACCAACUCAGAUGAUGAAGAGUGUCCCUUACAAACUCCUAUCAGCCAAUCUGACUUUUGCCGGUCAUCUUCCCACAAGAGCGUGCUCCAGAAACAGGGUAGCGUCCUCGCAAUGGCAGACUCCGCUAACAGUGACGACAGCGUGUCGCCUCCGUCUAAGUACAAGAGCAGUUUACUGAAUCGGUAUCUGAACGACACCCUGCGGCACAUGAUGGCGGCUAAGGCCGAUGGCGUCACCACGGCCCGCAAGAGGAGGAGCCACUCCGAGUCGUUCAGCUCCAACGAAUGUGAUCGAGAUGUUGUCUCCCCAGCGUCGUCCUAUGAAACAGAGGCCAACUUUGUCUAUCACAUGGAGGCAAUGGACUAUACUUCAACUAAAUGUGAUAGGGACCAGGAGCAGGACAGACGCCAGCAGAGACGAGUCAAUCAAGGCUGGAGGGAGAUCCACGCUGCCGUGGCUCUGACCAAUUUGGCUCAGGGACAGAGCUGCACCGUGGGGCCCACUCUCACCAGCCGCAUCAUCCAGAAGUCCUCUCAUAUCUCUGAGGUCCAGACUGUUAACGUGGCCCUGGCACACAGUGUGUAGGCAUUUCAUUUGAGCAUCUGGUCUGUCGUUCCACAUAGGAAUACCAGAUGCUUUGCAAUAUAUGUACAGCCUCUGUAAUUUUGUAAUUCUGAUCAACUUUGACAUUUUCAAUCAUUUUUACAUUGUAAAAUGGAAAAACUGACCUAACAAAAUUGUACAUGUUCUACUGGUUUUUUUUGCCAUGUUCCAAAUGUCUUCCCAUUGCCGUCUGUUGCAGUAAGUUAUAUUAACUUCCAUGAGACUGGAUUAUUGUCCAAUGCUAAAG